UGGCGAUUCUCUAGCCGAUGUUGGAACGCGUACGAGGUCAAGCCAUCCAGCGCCGGAGUCUACGAGGUGUGCUUUGUCCACGACGUGAGCGACGGCAAGCUCGUGAGCCACGUGAUGCACACGCUGCAGUCGCAGCACCCCGUCGAGAGAGGUACGCUCGCAUACGCUGUCCAUAUCCAUCUUCCUCCUCCUCCUCUCGAACUCCUCGAACUCGAGUCGGAGCAGCGCUUGCUGCUGCUGCGCACGGACCGGCACAUAAAGAGUACGGGAGAAGAGUACGAACAUCGCGUAUCGCUCGCCGGGACGCCCGAGUCGCUUGUGUACGUCGCCUGCGUCCUGCUCCAGAUCUGCUCCAUCAAGCGACACAUCCUCCAUCAUAUAUCCAUCAGCAUUAUGAUGCGUGUUACAUGA